AUGUACGGGGAGCCUGCUGUGAGCCAGACAGUGAGCCACGAACAGUGGGAGAUCCAAGGAGCCAACCAAGAUCCCCAGGCCCCGGGAGGUUACAGGGGGGGACCGGCGGCGAAAUGGAAGGAAUUUCUCCCGCCUGGCCACCUCCAGCGCCCCUCACGGGCCAAACCCCACCCUUGGCGGGCUGGGGCGAGAGAGCACGGGCCGCCGCCCUCGGGGGCUGAGUCGGAGCUAGCCGGUCCCGCCGGGAAUCCGGUCCCUGCCCUCGCCCGCGCCCCCCACCUCCCGGUUUCCAAGCGGGACUCCGAGCGCGACCCCAGCCCCACCCCGGCGCAGACCCCACCGCCCCCGGGCCUCUCCCAGGGUCCCCCCAGCGGCCCCCCCCGCGACCCCCUCACCUGGCCUCUCCGGCCCCGCCUUCCGGAGAGGGCCUCGGCGGCGGUGGGGUCCCCCAUCGCCGGGCUGCUGGGGGUCGCGGGGGGCCCCCACGGUGACGCCGCCGCCGCCGCCACCUCGCGCUCCUGCGGCCGCGCCGCCGCGGCCCCGCGCCCCCCGCCCCCGGGGAGCCCCCCCCCCCCCAGUUCCGGCCGCGGCCGCGCCCCCCGCCCCCUCAGCCCGCAGCCGCCCGCGCCGCUGUCCCAGCCCCGGGCGCGCCUCCCCCGGCGGGCGGGCGGGCGGGGACCGUGA